AGCUGUGGUUUCCUUCCACGAGCGGAUGCGAGUGGAACGCCUAGCUGGGACCUUUUGGCAUGGGACUUGAACCUGAUCCUGAAAUACGAAAAGGCAUUUCCCUGCCUGUCUUUGUUUUAAGAAUGCCCUCCAACUGGUCAAGUAAGUCUCCCUUGAUGCCUCGCUGACCUCGAACGGGUUAGGGCUCUCUCAUCGGGGAUGGGCAGCCCGGCGACUGCUCCCCUUGGCGGGUUUGGCACGACCACGGUCGCGGGCUGGACAUACUGGUCUGGAAACGGCUCGCCAAAGCUCAACCAGAGCCUGGUGAGGUUGGCGGGGGGCGGCGGUGGCAUUGUGUCGGCCGUGGGUGCCAACAUGGGAAACUUGACACGGGAGGGGGUCUUAAAGGUUAAGAACUGGCCGGCGCUGCUCAUCCUGGUCAUCAUCGCACUGACUGUCGGUGGCAAUAUCCUGGUCAUCCUGGCCGUGUCGCUGGAGAAGAAGCUCCAAAAUGCCACUAAUUUCUUCCUGAGGUCCUUGGCGGUGGCUGACAUGCUGGUGGGCAUCCUGGUCAUGCCUGUGUCCCUCAUCAACAUCCUAUACGACUACGCCUGGCCCCUGCCCAGCGCCCUGUGCCCAAUCUGGAUCUACCUGGACGUGCUGUUCUCCACCGCCUCCAUCAUGCACCUGUGCGCCAUCUCGCUGGACCGCUACGUGGCCAUCCGCAACCCCAUCGAGCACAGCCGCUUCAAUUCUAGGACCAAAGCCAUGAUGAAGAUUGCUGCCGUUUGGACCAUAUCCAUAGGUGUCUCCAUGCCCAUCCCAGUGAUCGGCCUCCUCAAUGAGGACAAGGUGUUCGUCAACGGCAGCUGCGUGCUCAACGAGGAGCGCUUCAUACUGAUGGGCUCCUUCGUGGCCUUCUUCAUCCCGCUGGUCAUCAUGGUGGUGACGUACGGCCUUACCAUCCAAGUGUUGCAGAGGCAGGCCACCGUCUUCCUGUGCGAGGCCCACACUUCCUCCCAGCAGCCUUUGCAGACCCCUGCUGUGACCCACACCUCGCAGAAACACCUGUACGCCUCCCCGGACCCGCCAGAGCUAAAGGUGGCUUCGGAGCCCGGCAUCCUCCUCAGCGUCUCCGCGUCAGAGAGCGUCAGCAUCCUUCCUGGUUCUGAGGCGACGUCGCAGCUGAGCUCUCCAGCAGCCGGGCCCGGACGGAGCGACGCCGCCGCCGGUUGCCACGGGGGACGGGGAAUGAUGCAGGCCAUCAAGAACGAGAGACGGGCCUCCAAGGUGUUGGGAAUUGUCGUGUUCCUCUUCCUGGUCAUGUGGUGUCCCUUUUUCAUCACAAAUGUCACCUUCGUACUGUGCGGUGGCUCCUGCGACGAGUCUGUGCUCCACGAGCUGCUCAACGUCUUCGUGUGGGUAGGAUACAUCUCAUCGGGGGUCAACCCGCUGGUCUACACGCUGUUCAACAAGACCUACAGGAGAGCCUUCUCCAGCUACAUCCACUGUCGCUACAAUGUGGGCGCCAACGCAGCUGGGUCCGGCCAGGCCUUCAAGAACCCGCUGGCGCCGCCAUCGUCCUUACACGCCGUCAUGCCGCUCCUGGGGGAUGGCCACAGGAAGGUGUGCGCCGACCAGGGACGCCACAGUAACUGUCGAAACGGCGGCCGGGCCACGCUGGACCCAGAGGAAGACGUGACACGAGCGGGGAGCGACGCAGUGCCGAGCCUCUAUGAGUGCCACGACACCGGGGGGGCGCUCUCUGAAACCGAGGCCGAAACCGAAGAACAGGAACUGUCGCUCGUCAGCUACAGCCCCGCCUCCACGGUUCACACCAGCAGCGUGUGAUGUUUUUUGAAAACAGAAUUCUGGCUUGGCCUCAAAGGAAUAGGAGGGUUCAUCCGGGAUCUGGGAGCAAGCAGAACUCUGAAAACGCAUGUGGGAUGACAGCUAGCUGGUCUCACAGCACCAUCCGGUGGCUAUCUAGAAUGUGUGUUUUUUUUGUUUACAUACAAGGAAACAAAGGUUCACAAAGGAACAUUAUUAGGGUGUUUAGACGCGCGCGCACACACAUUUAGGUCUUCCUCGGAUGUGAUCCAAUCACGUUUACAAAGUGAAAUUGGACAAUAUUAACAGAGGUGAGUUAUACACUUCUGCAGGCUAUUUGAAGGCAAUCAAGGGUGAACGUAGAAAGGUUCUUCAUGAUCCGCCUCAUUCAUUUUCUUACAAUGCGCCUCUAUGCUACAUGAGCUAAUGAGGUGUGAGCAUAUCAAGUGUGUAUUCUCAGGGCAUUGAAUCAAUGUCAACUGGACUGUCGUUGUCUUAGAUGUUUCGUCUGUCAUUUGAGCAGGCUUCAUCAGUUCAUGCGUCAGUCACACACACAUAUAUAUAUGUAUUUUGUGCAGAUUUUCACCCUUCCCGACCAAGCACGUCAAACGGCGGACAAUCUUGUCCUCAGGUCUGACGUGUGUUAUGAGUGGAUUCGUCCCGGUUUUAGGCUCCGAAACAGGUCAGGCCGACAAUCUUAAAAAAGGAACGUGCUCAGUAUUUACGACCAAAACUCUCCCUGUGUGUGGGGGAAUCUGACUUCUCCCGAGUCAUGAUAUAACAGAUAUAACCAAUCAAGAAGCAGGACAAAAAAGGAAAAGACCGCAAAUAAAAACUAAGCGCAUCUUACCCAAUGUCCCAAUGUUUUUAAUUUUUUUGAAGACCGCGCCAUUUUACAAGGCUCCCAGCUGCGGCAAC